CGUCAAGCCGCCACAUCCUUUCCCUGCAGAGGCAGGGCAAGUUCCUGCCCACAUAGUGUAGGCUGGACGAUUCUCAGGCUCCCACUUGCUGCUAAUACAUGGAUCAGAGGGAAAUCUGCUCUGUGACUUUGCACACUUGACAACGUUCCAUAAUCGGGUUUCAGGACAUGGAAGUUAAGGUCCUUAUCUUGAUUACUGCCUGGCUGCUGCUCCUGCCGGCCACUUUCUGCCAGAGUGGUAUGAAAAACAUCCCAGAGAACUCAGCCAAUCCAACCUUAACUAUUAAGACCUUUAAUGGAGAGCCCCCAAAUACCUAUGAAGACUUCCCGCUUUCUGACAUAGAGGGAUGGACCGGAGCCACCGCAACUGUAAAACUGAGAUGCCCCGAGGGGAGUACUUCAACUCUCCGUGUGAACAAUGCUACCAUCGGAUACCUGAGAAGCUCCCUAAGUACCAAACUGAUACCCGCCAUCUACAUUCUGGUGUUUGUGGUUGGUGUGCCAGCGAACAUUGUGACCCUGUGGAAACUCUCCUCAAGGACCAAAUCCAUCUGUCUGGUCAUCUUCCACACGAACCUGGCCAUCGCAGACCUCCUUUUCUGUGUCACGCUGCCGUUUAAGGUCGCCUACCAUCUCAACGGGAACAACUGGGUAUUCGGAGAGGCCAUGUGCCGGAUCACCACGGUCAUCUUCUACGGCAACAUGUACUGCUCCAUCCUGAUCCUCACCUGCAUGGGCAUCAACCGCUACCUGGCCACUGUCCAUCCUUUCAUGUACCGGAAGCUGCCCAAACGCAACUUCACUUUGCUCAUGUGUGGCCUGGCGUGGGUGAUGGUUUUCUUAUACAUGCUGCCCUUUGCCAUCCUGAAGCAGGAGUACCAUCUUGUCCAGCCAGAGGUCACCACCUGCCACGAUGUCCACAACACCUGCGAGUCCCCGUCUCCCUUCCAGUUCUAUUACUUCAUCGCCUUAGCGUUUUUCGGAUUCCUCGUCCCCUUUGUGAUCAUUGUCUACUGCUACACAACUCUCAUCCGCAAACUGAACGCCCAGGACCGCAGAUGGCUGAGGUAUAUCAAGGCGGUUCUCCUCAUCCUUGUGAUUUUUACAAUUUGCUUUGCUCCUACCAACAUUAUACUCAUAGUCCACCACGCCAACUACUAUUAUAACCACACGGAUAGCUUGUACUUUAUGUAUCUCAUAGCUCUGUGCCUGGGUAGCCUGAACAGCUGCUUAGAUCCAUUCCUUUACUUUGUCAUGUCAAACAUUGUAGACCAGCUUACUUCUUAGCCAACAAGGGCAAGAUCAUCUUAGAGAAAAUACACACGCUUGGGCUGACUUGCGCAUGGCACUAACAGCUCAAUUUUUUAUUUUUGUUUUUAAUUUUUUUUUUAAAAGACAGGGUCUCACUGUGUAGUCCUGGCUAGCCCAGAACUCUCUAGACUAGGCUGACCUCAAAAGACCUGAGCUCUGCCUGCCUCUGCCUCUUGAGUGCUGGGAUCAAGGGCAUACAAAACCAGGCCUGGCAAGAGUUCCAUUUCAACGCUCCUAUGAAAUUGUGCUUCAAACAUCAAAUGUCGUAAAAUUAUUAGGAUUAAAAAUAGUUUGCCAAUAUUUUAAGAAUGCCUUAAUCUUAAGCAAAACUAUCAUUAUUCUCCUUAUGACAACGGACACAUUUCUAUUUGCCUUCCUUAUUCUCCAAGCUUUAAAUUCUCCCUUUCCUCCAGUGAGUGGCACUGUCAUCCUGGGGAUUUAGCAUUACUUGUGGUUCUUGGAGCAGUUACCCUGUCCCUCGCUGGGGCCUUGCCUUCAUCCCACCCCUGUCUUACACGGCUGUCCUCACCGCUGGCCAAGCCUUCACUUCGCCUUCUCUGAGUAUCCUGAAUACAUCAGGCAAACACUUCCCUUGACCCCGCACGGCUCCUCAAGUGACAAACCCGAGGGUGGCUUUCCUGGCCAGUUCCCUAACGUGGCCUGUGAAGUCAUACACCAGGCCUGCUCACUUCACCUCCCGUCCUUCCUUCCCUUUCCCGCUGCCCCGUGAAAGCCCAUUCUAGCAUCUCUGCUUUAAUCUGUUCAGCUUUCCACGUCUUUAAAGGACCGUUCUUCCUUUACUCUCAAACUAGAAGCGUCAUUUUCUUCAUCUGGAUUUCUAAAGCACUUUCUUAUAAUUAUGGCCCUUCUAUACACACAAGCCUGCUAAGCUCAUUUGCAUAUGACUAUUAGUUCCAUAAGCAAUUAAGUUUUCUCUAUCAUAAAUCUCUGUACAUACAAGUGUCCCACCUACAGAUUCAAACAACCACAGACCAAAAACCCUUGUAUGAAAAGAGUUCUAUGAGCUGAACAUGAACGGACUUUUCCUUAUUCCCUACACAACACAGCGUCUUUGGGCAGCCUUUAUCCUGCAUCAUUCUUUAUACAGCAUCUCCACUGGAUUAAGCGUUGCUAACGUCAUCCAGAAGUGAUGUGAAAUGAACGAGAGGGUAGGGAGAGGCUGUAGCCAAGUACAGUACCAUUGCUGCAGGGAUUCGGAAUCUGCAGGGGUCCUGGAAGCCACCUGGGAGGGAUGAUGGAGAAGGUGGUGUCUGUCCUCCCCACUUUGAGGUUCCUGUGGUCAUUCUAGGGUCAUGCCCUGUGGGGUCAGCUUCAUCCUUUGUAUAGCAUGUGGCUGAAUGACAGAAUAAAACCCAAUGCAUCUAAGCCGCACAGAGGUCUACUCAGUGCAAACUGAAAAGCCAGUAUAUCCCAUAUGACAAGAGAUGACAUCAUAAGGAAGUUAAACAGUAAUACCCUCAUAAAGUCAUUUAGCAAUUUAUUUGUUUUUUGAGACAGGUUUUCUCUGUGGAGCUUUGGCUCCUGUCCUGGAACUAGCUCUUGUAGACCAGGCUGGCCUCGAACUCACAGAGAUCCGACUGCCUCUGGCUCAUGAGUGCUGGGAUUAAAGGCCUGUGCUACCACACCACCCGGCCAUUUAGCAAUUUAAAUAAUGUCUCCAGCUACUUCCAUCCCCCUUUGUUUUAAUGGGAAAUGGUAUUAUAUUUUAAAUCUCCAGAUUAUUCCUGUAGAUAAGCCAUUUCCCUUACCCGAGGGAACGAAUGGGAGAAGUGAUAUCAGUGGCUAAUGGGGGAGCAUCACUAGUGACUAAAAAUGGACUUGAGGGAACCUCUGAGUAUGCAGCAUUGCUGGGCUGAAGCUGUAAGUCUUGUUAUAAUCCACGGAAUAAUAAAAAUACAUUUUAAGCGAA